CAGCCCCUCCGCCUCGCCAUGGCUUCCGAACACCAGAUGCCAGCCUCCAAGCAGCAGCAAGUCAGCUCCAAGAUCGCCAUCUUCGAGCAGGAGAAUUUCCAAGGCCGCUGCCAUGAACUGAACGGUGCCUGCCCCAACCUGAAGGAAGCCGGCGUGGAGAAAGUGGGCUCCAUCCUCGUGCACUCGGGACCCUGGGUGGGCUAUGAGCAGGCAAGCUGCAAAGGAGAGCAGUUUGUGUUUGAGAAGGGGGAGUACCCCCGCUGGGAUUCCUGGACCAACAGCCGGAGAAGCGACAGCAUCACUUCCCUGAGACCCAUCAAAGUGGUGAGAGCACCCAGACAGCCACUACCCACCCAUCAGGCCAAGGACAGCCAGGAGCACAAGAUUGUUCUCUACGAAAACCCAGGUUUCACUGGCAAGAAAAUUGAAAUAAUAGAUGAUGAUGUGCCCAGCUUCCACGCUCAUGGCUACCAGGAGAAAGUAUCGUCUGUGCGGGUGCAAAGCGGAACGUGGGUGGGCUACCAGUACCCAGGCUACAGAGGUUACCAGUACCUGUUUGAGAAGGGGGAUUACAAAGACAGCGCAGAGUUCGGUGCCCAGCAGCCCCAGAUCCAGUCGGUCAGGCGCAUCCGGGACAUGCAGUGGCAUCAGCGCGGUGCCUACCACCCCACCAACUAGAGCCCGGCCGGUCCCCGCGCCCCGCGGAGCAAGGAAGCCGGAACAAGCUUUCCCAUGACCCGCCGCUGUUUUCCAAUGGCCCCGCGCUCCCACCGUGUGAUUA